AUGCGUUUCUCUGGUGCUAUGGUCUGUUAUCGUGCUGGCCGAUCCGGGAUCCUGGCCCUCGGAAUAGAGACGGUGACGGUGGGUCCCGCUCUCUUGCUGGCUGUGUGUGAUGCUCCCAUGGAGGAGGCAGUACACAUUGUUCUUUGUGCCGGACGGCUUCCUCUUCAGUCGUCACCGGAGACCCCAUCUCUUGAUCACGAUUGCCAUCCCAUCGUCCAUGCCAUGACCAGUGUGCUUGACAUACAGGGUCUUCAGAAGCCGCCAGUAACUGUCGAAGGCCGAAACUGCCUUGGUGCUGUUCCGGUGGUUGCUCUCAGGCCAGUCAAAGUACGUCUUGACUCGGCUCACUGUCAGAUUCCUGAUGAACUCCAUUUCUAUAGUCUUGAGUUUGGUAGAGCAGAAGCUGGUCUUUCUAUCAACUUUCUGGGAGAGUGUUGUCGACCUGCGGUAGAUAGGAAAGAGAUUCUGGAGAGGAAGACCGGAGAGGACCAGCUGUCUGCAGGGGAAAUGGGACGGAGAGGAGAGGGGAAGGGGGGGUAUAUGAUGGUAUUAAUAGAAUGGGCAGCCAUAACCAUCAUAUUUGGAGGGUUGAGCGCCAGAAACAGUGCGCUCCAGCUGGGCGACUGGGCGAAUGGGCGAAUGAAUGAUUGGGACAGUGUGGGUGCAAAUCCGCGGUGCACGAGCGGUCGAGAGCAGCCCGAACGCCUUCCACUUUCGGCCGUCAUGCCCUCAAAGAUCGAUUCUGCUGUUAUUUUCGUCUCCCUAAAUUUUCGCCAGGCAGAUGAAACUGGAGUCUUGAUGACAAGUGACAACAAUCCUGGCAAAACGAUUUCAACGGCAAGCAACUUGUAUCAGAAUUCAAAGAGGGCGUUCCAUGGCUCUCUAUCCUGCGAAGCAGUGUGGUGUUAA